AUGUUGAUUGAAGAGACCUUCCAAGACGUCAAAACCAGUUACAACACUAACUUGAGGCUUUAUACCUUUUCGCCCAAGAUCCAGGGCUACCCAAACGCUAAAUUUCCAGGUGUGCUAUGCUUUAGCGAAAUUUACCAAGUUACGGGCCCGGUAAGAAGAUUUGCGCAACGGAUUGCCGCCCAGGGCUACGUUGUGGUCGCUCCUGCCAUUUACCACAAUUUCGUGGGUCCUGAACCUUUGGCGUACGACGCCAAGGGAACUGAUAUGGGCAAUGAGUUCAAAAUCGAAAAACCGUUGGAGUCCUACGAUGAGGACACCAAAUUGAGCUGUGAUUACCUUUACAGCCUGCCCCAGUUUGACGGCAAGAAAAUUGGAGCCACCGGCAUGUGUUUGGGCGGUCAUUUGGCGUUCCGCAGUUUGCUUGACAAAAGAGUGACCUGUGCAACCUGUUUCUUCCCCACCGACAUUCACUGUAAAUCGUUGGGCAAGGGUCUCAACGAUGACUCGUUGCAACGGGUUUCGCAAGAAGUAUCGAAGGACCAGGAGCUAGUGUUGAUUUUCGGCACUCUGGACACGCAUGUGCCUCCAGAGGGCAGAGACCUCAUUCGCAAAGAACUGAGAGACCAUGGCGUGAAUUUUUCGUUUUUGGAAAUUCACGCUGCGCAGCACGCGUUCAUCAGAGACGAAUCGAGCAAGGGCCGUUACGAUGCCGCUAUCACCGAGAGCUGCUUGGGGUUCUUGUUUGAGCAGUUUAACAGAAGGCUUUCCCUAGACUUGGGAGACUUUGUUCCUGUCGGUGGAAAAGUUGAGCAUGUCUGUUGA